AUGGGCUCUUGGGGAGUAGUUUUAUUAUUACUUGCUACUGUGCUGAGCUCAAUAUUUUUGGGUAAUGGGCUUAAUGUGGAUCGUAAGCCAACCACGGGAAGAUUUUCAGAAGUUAAUGUCACUACUUCCAAUGCAAGGAACACAACUUUUGUGAGUGAGGUUAUGGUGAAUAUUGAAAAUGCUAGAAAAAGUAGGGGUCAGGGAGGUGGAGGUGGAGGUGGUGAUGGUGGAGGAGGAGGUGGGGGAGGAAGUGGAAGUGGAGGUGGAGGAGGAGGAGGCGGGGGAGGACGGGGAAGUGGAGGGGGAGGCGGAGGAGGAGGAAGUGGAAGUGGAGGGGGAGGAGGGGGAGCAGGAAAGGGAAGUGGAGGAGGAGGUGGUGGUGGUGGAGGAAAUGGAAAAAGUAGAGGACAUGAGGGAAGUGGUGGAAGAAAAGGAGGAGGUGGAGGUGGAGGUGCAGGUGGUGGAGGAGGUGGAGGCAGAGGUAAAGGUGGUGGGGGAGGUGGAGGCGGAGGAGGAGGUAAUGGUGGUGGAGGAGGCGGAGGCGGAGGCGGAGGUAAAGGUGGUGGGGGUGGUGGGGGAGGAGGUGGUGGUGGUGGCAGUGGCGGCAUGGGAGGAGGCUGGGGUUGGGGCUGGGGAGGGGGAGGGGGAGGGGGAGGUGGUGGUGGCGGUGGCGGAGGAGGAGGGGGAAAUUGUUGGGGGUGGGGAUGUUGGGAUCAUCCUCCAAAAGGCAACUAA